AUGAACUCUGAAUACGCCCGCUGGGAUGCUAGCCAACGCCAGUACGAUAGCCAAUGGGGCGCGCGCCGCCCCGAACCGUCGUCGCUGCCGUGUGCCCUGCCGUAUGCCUUUCCCGAGCCCUUCCCGCAGCUCAACGACGACUUCCAGCAGCUGCAGAUUGUCAAGAGCUCCCGCACCCGCACCACGCCCGUCGUCACCCGCACGCGCAUCUCCAGACAUGGCUCCGAGCCAAACCCCAUCCGCCCCUCGUCCAGCGGCGGCGAAGUCCACAUGGUCCCCUACCAGAAGUGCUCCUCGUCCCGCCGCGCCGGCUCGUACUCGCACCCCACACCCCUCGAAGACUUUCGCAGGUCGAGACGAUGGCCGCCCAAGGGAUACCGACUAGAAGACGCAUUGGAGCCCGCAGAGGCCGAGGACCUCAUCUGUGCAGGCGCCUCUACCUUCAAGGGCUACCGGGACGCAAUACCAAAUGCCCCUGAAGGAUACAAUCGCUUCUACGCCGUCAUGGAGGCUGAGCACCAGAGCCGCACCGACCGUGCAUCGUUUCAGCAGCAGGCCUACAGGGACAUCUCGUUGAACAUGACGGGCACGCAGGACAACCAGUUCCCCUGGCUAUCGCACGAGUACCCCUGCAUGGCAUAUGCCUUUGGCAAGAGUGCAGGAACCACGACGCUCAACUACUGGGUCAGCAAGUCUGGAACAAGCCAUGCGCCCGUCAAGUUUGCUGGCGACGCGCAGCCGCGAAAGAUCAAGCUCCUACAGAUCCUGGACAGGCUACAGAGGCUAGAGAACGGACUCAAUGAAGAUGAUCCCGAGGAGAUGUAUCGCUACUUGUACCACACGCUCAUCGAAGAUCCGGAACGGCACGACGAGGACCGCCGCCACAUCCGGAUUGACCAGCAGAUUACUGACCUCAUUACCGUGUUGAGCAAUCCGCAGUGGAUAGACUUUUCGCACCCGAGAAAUCAGGUGGUAGCAAAGUUCUUUGAUGCGCCUGAUCAGCGCAAGAAGCAAGAUUUCUUUCAUCAGCUCUUGCUCUCUGUCGAGUUGUACCUGCGCAUCCAUUCCAAGCACCAUUCGGAAAAGUCCAAGCGCAAGCUGAUUAUGCAGCUUCCUCCGGUCAUCACGUGGGAUCUGGCUGUCGCGCAGCGGUGGCUGGAGAAUAUGGAAAUUACAAAGACGCGAACAUCGUCUACCCAGAGCACUUUUAGCUUCGAUUUGAGGAGCAAAACCAGGCAAAUUGAAGCUCUAAGGAUCUUUGCCGCAACGCUCAAGUGGCCGAACAUGGACGAGAUUGAGUACAUCUUGGAAGAGCGGGAUGCCAAUGAAAAGGCAGUCGAAGACAGGUCGGCAGAUGCCAUGUCAUGGUUCUCGGGCAUCAUCUUGCCUGGCCGGACACUGCCGUGGCUCAUCAUGAACAGUCUGAUCGAUUGCGACCAGGAUACUGGCGACGCACUCAAGUACCUCACGCACAUGCACCAGGCAUCGGGCUUUCAGUACCGAGCCAACACGUAUUGGUCGUCUCAAUGUAUCGUUGGCAAAGUGUUGGGGGCUGCGCGUGGCGUGAAACAAAUUGCAGGCUGGAUCGGGCCAUGCAUCUACACCCCUGACCUCAAACGGACAGAGUGUGUGAAGAUUAGGCAGCUUGAGUCUCCGGAUCCUGUGCUCGUGCCAGUCGACGUCGAGAGUAUGGAUGAUCGCACGAACCCUCUGGGAACAAUCGAGGAUAGCUACCCAAUAGAUGACUACGAAGUACCCAUGCCAGACACGGAAGAUGUCACGGAUCUGAUACGGAUGGAGAAGCUUCGCUUUGUGCCCAUCAAGGAACGAUCAGAAGGCACCCGACAUGGUUCAGGCCCGCCAAUGGUCUUUGAUGCAGCAAUCUCAUUUGCAUGUGGCGGCGAGAGCUGGCCCAUGAAGCUGCGAUACGAUGUCAGUUUCAUCAACGCAUUCCCGUGCCACCAAGGGCCUCAUGUACUGUUCUACGACUUUUCGUACAAAGCGAUCAAGAUCGACGAAGGCCUCGUAGACAUCCAAGACUGGGGUUUUCAAUCUGGACGUAUCCCUCGACCUACUUCUUCCAAGUCUUCACCCGGAAAGAAGGCCCUGGCGCUUAUGAAUGAACAGAAGAAGAGCGCACAUGAGCAAGUUACCAAUGUGCUGGCGAUUGAAGCGCUUGGUGUCAGCGACAACGAGGUGUUUGCGAGAGCUUGGUGCGCACACCACGGACACAGCGCGAUCGUGGCAAAUAUCAAAGAGACCUGUAUGGCAUGUGCAAUUAGGGAGGCGUACGCAGCAUGUGUUUCGGUGGUUAUUCUCACCGAGGGCGGUAUUGUCAAGGAAAACGAUACUGACACGGGCAUACUUGAUGACUAUUAGGGUAGGAGAAGAUGUGAUUUGAUGGAUUCAAGGGGUAUUGACCGUUUUGGGAUUCGGUGUUAUGACAUACGUUUAGAAACUCAUUUGGGUGGGUGGAUUGCUUAGAUGCAACCCCCACGAUAGGGCAUUUACAUUUCCUUUGUCUUACGUCUGGGACAGAGACGUGUAAUGCCGAGGCGGAAAUGAUGAACAUGACUGACGCUGGGUAUGGGAAUUAUGAUAGUAAC